GACCUGGACUUUCCGAUAUCCAAUUGCUCAUAGUCCAGAGCUGGUAAUGUGUCACCUCGGACAGGCAAACAGAUGACCAGAUCCCGCCUACUAUUUUCGUGUCUCAGCAUUUCACUAGGGCUCCAACGUGUUUGCUGGCUGCCGGCCACCUUCCAGAGGCCCAGAAAAGCCUUGCUGUUCUAGGCUACUCGAUGCAUUAGAGUGAGACCACUUGUGUGGAGCAGUAUCCAUCCUUGGACAAGCUGAAAUCUCAGCAAGGAAUAGCUUGGCGAGUAUUGGCGGUAACCACCACGGCGGCUCCAAGCUGAUGAGGCGAUCCGAUCAGCCCUAUUGUAUGAGCUCCUGACGUGCCAACUAUGAAUUGCAGAGUCCGAAGGGCUACAGAUCGCGAUAUUUUUAAUAUUCGUCGCUGCCGGAAGCUCACAUUUACCGUGGGCUUCCAGGUCGACGGUUCUCCGCCCAGCUAUAUCCGCUCAAGAUGACGGACAUGAUACUGCCGAAGGGCAUUGUGUUCAAUAGAAACGACAUUUACGCAGAAAUAGCCAAGUACGACAUUGUUCCACUAGAACAGAUACAUGCCGCUUGCCAUGUAUUCACCACGACGUCUCGGGAACUUGUCGACCCUACUGCUAGACGGCUUGAGAAUUUUUGGACUCGUGUCUUAGGUGGUGACCGUCGCUAUCUUCCAGGAACAGUUAUUGCACGACUUUUUAAAAGCAUAUCCGAGGAGGAAAGCUUUGUCAAAUUACGUGGACCACCAAAUCGAUACGAGCCACCUUCACCUCCUAGACCUGAAUCGAAAGUGCAAUCGCCCCCUAUAGUCCAAACUAGCUCUGAGAUAUCGGUGGGGGGUCCUUCUGAAUCCGGGUCAAACGGCAAGGCGAAGUUUACGAAGUCUACGCCAACAUCUACAAAGCAGCCACAUCCCAUUCUGAAGAAGCCUAGGGGACCUUCAAGUUCUGGACCGCGGCCUACAGCUCGAUUUGUAUCGCCACCGGGAUCCGAUGGGGAGGGUGAAGAUAGUAAAGAGGGCGAUCUUGGCUCAUCCGGGAGCACAGCGGUGAACCACAGCGGUGAUUCCAGGGGUUCUACUAGUUCGACAGCCAAGGAGGAAAGGAAGAAGGCUACCAACACAACGCCAAAGAAGAAGAUCGUAGCCUCUACGGCCUCUAGGCGUAGACCCGCUAUGCCGCGACGCAUUAGUUCUCAAUCUUCUAGUGCUGUUACUGGGCCUGAACCUGGGCCAAAGGACGGGAGUUCUUCCUCCGGUUCGAAGAAUUCGGGGUCGCAGACCUCGGUCCCAACGAUUCUAGAAAAGUCGGGUAAAGGAGGGGCUUCGACGACGACGACGACGACGACGACUAAAGAAGGCGAACGGUUAAGUGCGAAGGCGGCAGGAAAACGACCAGCAGCUCGAUCAUCGUCUGAAAAACCAGGCGUCGCAAAAUCCGGCAGUUCCCAGACUGGCGGUACUCACAGCCGUCAAUUGGUAAGCGAGGACGCGGCCUCUCACUUAGGGCAGCUAGACUCUUCAGUCAAUAACCCUAAGAAAAUAUCCGCGAAUGAUGCUAGGCAUACGAAAACGAGCCAAAGUGGGGCGAGUCACAGGCGAAGUGAUGCGCAAGAGCGACCUCGCCCAGGAAUACCCCCCGUCAUGACUCGAUCGAGAUCAGAUGUGGGUGCUACACGGCGGAGCUCGCAGGAUGGUCUUCCACCAUCCCAAAGUUUGAUAUCAUCAAGCACGACGACCGUCUCUAACACAACAGUUCAAGGUACCAUUAUUGAAUUUGAUGAGAACCCAGUUAACGAAGCUAUGGUGAACGCGAUGCAGGGAAACGAAGAAGAUACAGAGUCUAGUUCCCGAAGAUCUGGAAACUCCAUACGUGACACACGAUUUACCCCUACUCAACCAAGCACAGCACCGACCGUGCCGCUUGGCCGAUCUAAAAGCCAACUUACCCUCCUACUCGAGCGGCAAGGCGAGAAGAAAACUCGCCGAUGAGUUCAUUGUUAUACUGGCUCAACUUUCGCCACCAUUUCUAUUCGAUUAAAAGAUACUAUACAGGAUGAUUACAGCGGGCCUAGAAAAGUACUCGGGCAUGA